AUGGCCGUUUGGUAUGCCGAGAGAAAGUGCGGUGAGUUCGCGAGAAACGUAUCGCAAGUCACACUUUCGAAGAAAAUAUAUGUUCGAUACGCAUACUUCGAGGGCACCCGAUACAUUGCGCGAUUGACAAAUGCAGCCACCAACAAUAGAGAUAUACUGUUGUUUGACCCACUGUCGCAGACACCAGCUGUAAGGUUGUACGUUUCUAGUGAUCACCUUGGCAUUCGACAGUUGUUAUUUGUCAAUUCGUCAAGCAAACCUGCGAUCAUCCAAGAGCCGGAUGUCUGGUGGAAAACAAUAUGCCUUGGUAGUCUGGGCAGGUUCAUUCGAACCCGAGGUGAUGGCUCGAAAAUGCGCGUAAUUGCAGGCGAGAGCUUGCAAUUACCACAAGUUGCCUGGGGCUUACCUCAAGCAGUGUAUAAACACCUUCGCCUAGAACCCCUUUGCAACGCCGAAUUAACCUAUCGCAUGUCGGUAGUGCCAUGCAACCAUCCUACUACCACGGCCUAUUCGCUUUGCUGGAACCAAAGUAUUUUGACACUGCACGCACACACUACCGGCGAAAAUUUCGACUUCUACCAUGAGCUGAGAACCAUGGACGAAUCUGCUCUAUGGUUCUAUAUGCCACUUCGCGUGGAUGAAGUGGUGACAGAAAUCUGGAAGUGUGAUGGUUCUCUUCGCAGCGCAAUCGCUUUGUUGCUCGUAACGGAUCAAGGACGUUCCACCUGUCUAGGAGUGCAGCCACGGCCACACUGGAGCCGAUCUAAGUGGACUCACGAGUAUUACGCCUGGAACAGAGCCAGGCUUAAGGACGUGGUUGAGAUUGCCCCGUGCCGUCGCCAACGCAUGGGCAAAUCAAUCCUUAUUGGACUUCUACUUCGCUAUGCCGACGGAACCUCAGCUUGUGUUGGUCAAAUCCGACUUGACUCCUUACAAAGAGCUGUGAAUAUCGACCCGACUUCUACGCUGUGGGAACGCCAUCUUGGCCAAAGAACAACCAAUUGUAUCAGAUUGCGAAAGUUGGUCUGA